AGGUCCCAGGCCCGUUUCCGUUUUUCCCGUUUCCUCCGUUAAUCCUGUAUGUAAAUCGCAGCCAAUGGAUGCCGGUGUUGAGUUGGGCUGGGAUUAGCAGAAAGCGAAUGAGUUUCAAUUUUACUGGAUUACAGAACAAAGAAAAGGAGAAAGGGACACCCUGCUCUGCAAAAACGGGAAAAACAGGAAUAAACUGGGAAAAAUCAAAGGAAAGCGAAACUGCAGUCCAAGGCGCGAUGAUCCGGAUUAGGGUGUUUUUCAACGGACGGGAAUUGUGAGCCGUUUCUGAUGGAUUAAAAUCGGGGAAUAUUCCGGGAUUGACAGCAGCAACAAGGCUAUUUAAACGUUAAUUGAGAAGUCUCUGGGAUUUGGAGCUACUUCCUGUUUGGAACGCCAGGGGGGAGGGGCCACUCAGUCCAGUUCUCAGACUGAGGUUUACUCGUGCCGUUUAGGAGGCAUGGCUCAGAUGAGGAAGCUGGCCUGUGAUGGCGUCAGGGUGAACUCCCGCAGCGACCUGCAGGCCCCGCUGGUGUCGGCCAGACAGGAGAUCCUCACCAGCCUGGUGUCCGCCCUGGACUCCGUGUGCACGGCCAUGUCGAAGCUGAAUGCUGAGGUGGUGUGCGUCACCGUGCACGAGGACAGCGUCAUCGCCGUGGGAACAGAGAAGGGGAGGGUCUUCCUGAACGCCAGGAGGGAAAUCCAGACUGACUUCUACAAGUUCUGCCGGUUGCCAUGUCUGCCCAACGCAGCAAACUGUCACACCAAAGAGCCGGAGGCUGACCCGAGCAAAGCGAGUAAGGAUGGAGAGCUGGGGAAGCACAGAGCUCCGUCAGAAGCCCCCCAGUCCAGCGUCUUUGUCCUGAGGAAGAUGGUGGAGGAAGUCUUCACCGUGCUUUACAGUGAAGCCGUGGGAAAGAGCAGCCUGGUCCCCGUGCCUUACGAGACGAUCCAGAAGGACCCCGGCUGCGUGGUGGCCCACGGUUUGCCCGACGGAGUCGCCCUGAAGAAGCCGUCGGAGUACGACACGAAAACGCUGAUGAAGAUCCUGGAGCAGAGCCACCGCAUCCACUUCACAGUGCAAAGUCAAGCGAAGGAUUUGUCCCGGGAAGCCAAGUCCAGCAGCGACGUCAACCACAGCUCUGUUCCCCAGAGCGGUCCCGCUCCGGUGAAACCGGCGCCGCAGAGUCAGGCCGCCUCCAGCAACUCGGUUCUGUCAAACUUCCUGUACGGCAUGCCCAUGUCCUCCAAACCCUCUCCCGAUGGAAAGCUGGACUUCAAACCCGUUUCGUUGCUCAACCUGGGCAAAGACAGGCCGAGUACCUGGAGCGCGGCGGCAGAGAAGAGCUGCUGCGGGAAGGACGCCGUCAGCUCCGAUGAGCGGGGGCCCGGCGAGCAGGGUCAGAGCCCCCCCGGCAUCCACAUCUCCAAGAGGCUGCUCUUCUCCAUCGUGCACGACAAAUCCGAAAAAUGGGACUCGUUCAUUCGGGAGACGGAGGACAUCAACACGCUGAGGGAAUGUGUGCAGAUCCUGUUCAACAGCAGAUACGCGGAGGCUCUGGGUCUGGAUCACAUGGUGCCUGUCCCCUACCGCAAAAUCGCCUGCGACCCUGGAGCCGUGGAGAUCAUCGGCAUCCCGGACCAGAUCCCCUUCAAGAGGCCGUGCACGUACGGCGUCCCCAAGCUGAAGCGCAUCCUGGACGAGCGCCACUCCAUCCGCUUCGUGGUCAAAAGGAUGUUCGAUGAGAGGAUUUUCACCGCUGCCGGAAAGAUUGCGAGGGAGGAGGGGAAGCACGAGCCGGGCGCCGCGCCCGAAGACGGCUUCUGCGACAGUCUUAGCGCCCCGAUCGCCGCCGAGCCGGUCAGCCACGCCCACAGCAGCAGAUCCACCAGCGCCUGUGUCAGUCCUCUGGCCGACUGCGAAGCAGGUCCGUCAGGAGACUGCGCUCCUCUGAGGAGGAUCAAAACGGAGCCUCCAGAAGGAGAAAUCAUCCAAAUCACAGUGCCUGACGCCGGCACAAGCGGGGAGGAGCCCAGCGAGGCUGUGAGCGAGGCCGCCGCAGGAGCGCCGUGUCCGACCACAUCCUCGCCCUCAGCGCCCCCCGCUCCUCCUGCAUCCCACCACCCCAUGGAGAACCACCCAGCUGAAGCGCCGUCACCCGGAGCGUCCUCCCAGAGCGUCUGCAGACCUCCUGAAGGUGGUCCCGUCGCCCACAGAGACCCCACAGUGCAGCAGAGAGGAGGGCUGAACCCUUUGACCGAAGAGCUCUUCUGUCCCGCAGGAGGAACUCUGCUGGAGGACAUCGGGGAGAUGAUCCUUCAGCUGCGGAGGCAAGUGGAGAGCCUCUUCGGCAUCAAGUACGCUGAAGCUCUGGGCCUCACAGAAGUCACCAAGGUGCCGUACUCGCGGUUCCAGAUGUACCCGGAGGAUCUGUACGUCACCGGCCUCCCAGACGGGAUCUCCCUGCGGAGGCCCAACUGCUUCGGCGCCGCCAAGCUGCGGAAGAUCCUGGCGGCCAGCGGUCAGAUCCAGUUCGUGAUCAAACGGCCGGAGCUUCUGACCGAACAGGUGAAGCAAGAGAUGCCCCCCCUCCCCAUCUGUGACGCAGAGCUCGACGCCACGGACGCCACUCCGGUGACGCCAGAAGACUCUGCAGCCGUUUCCAAGAAACCCGGAUUCUCAGACUGCAUGGAGUCCAAGCUGUCCCGCAUCGACCUGGCCAACACGCUGCGCGAGCAGGUCCAGGACCUGUUCAACAGGAAGUACGGGGAGGCGCUGGGCAUCAAGUACCCCGUCCAAGUGCCUUACAAGAGGAUCAAGAACAACCCGGACUCGGUCAUCAUCCAGGGCCUCCCGCCCGGCAUCCCCUUCAGGAAGCCCUGCACCUUCGGCUCCCAGAACCUGGAGAGGAUCCUGGCGGUCGCCGACAAGAUCAGCUUCACCAUCACCAGACCUUUUCAAGGACUCAUCCCCAAACCAGCUCCUCGCCGAGUCACUCUACUAAAAAAAGCCUACGCCGCCAUCAGUGAUGAAGACGACAUGAGCCGCAUGGGGGAGAAGGUGGUGCUGCGGGAGCAGGUCAAGGAGCUGUUCAACAAGAAAUACGGUGAGGCUCUGGGCCUGGACCGCUCCGUCGUGGUGCCGUACAAGCUGAUCCGCGGCAGUCCGGAGUCUGUGGAAGUCGGCGGCCUUCCAGACGACAUUCCCUUCCGGAACCCCAACACCUACGACCUCCUGUGCCUGGAGAAGAUCCUGCAGGCCGCAGACAAGAUCACGUUCAACAUCAAGAGCCAGCUGCAGCCUUUUGCGGAAAUCUGCAGCCACGCCUGCAACACAGUGGGAACAGACGCCUCCACCAACCGCCGCAAACGCAAACGAGUCCAGGAGAGCAGCCGAGUAAGCCCCGCCUCCGACCUGGCCCCGUCGACCAAUCAGAUUCCAGUCAUGCAGUGGCCCAUGUACAUGGUGGAUUACGGCGGCGUGAACGUUCAGGUUCCCGGGAAGGUCAAUUACUGAAGAAGAACUGCAGCAGGACGGGAUGAUGGGAGGAGGAGGAGGAGCAGCUGAAUGUACGCAGGUUUUCUUCAACCAUCACCUUUUGUUCCUUUUUUUUAACAUUAAUGAUAAAAAAAAGUCCCGACUAUCUCAUCGUUUGCCUUCUCAUCUUGGUGUCCAUCCACCGACUCGACAAAAACGCCUGACGAGCCUCUGGUCCCGAACUAUUUCACAUAUUUGUACUUCUUAUUUAUUCUAUUUAUUGCAAUCUAACACGACGGGCAGGGAUGUAAAAAAUCUUCUUCUGUUGUCUUUGAGGAACUAUCAGCACACUGAGGAGCCGCUUCACCCCAGUUCAGAUUCAUCCGCAGCAAAGGGCCUUUGAACCUGUAAAUAGGUCAUUAAAGUCAGCCUGAAUGUAUCAUGUAAAGACUGCUCUGUUCUUCUGGACUAACUAUUUAAUAUGCUGUACCUUAACGCCAUUUAGGCCUUUCAAAUAAAAUGUGUUGCCUUGCACCUCA